AUGAAAAUAAAAAAGCUUGAUCCACUCGAGAAGCUUGUUCUAAAUAUAGACGAAUACAAGAAUCCAGAAAAAUAUAACUCAAAAAACAGUACACCUCAAUGGCCCUUCACAUGCUUAAUCUGCGGUCGAACUAACUCAGGAAAAUCUAGAGAAGUUGUUCGUCUUUUGUCUGGGAAUAAACUAUAUAGAAUGUUUAACG